ACCACCGUUAUACCAUUCGCUGCACGUCGCUGAGCGGUCGAGAACCACAGCUAAACAAACGUGCCUCCUUUGAAAUACCUCAUUAUCAGAACAGAACAACGCGUUUUUCUAAUUACUUGUUAUAAUUAUUUUCCUUAAAACAGAGACACUGCGAGAAAAUACAAGUUGUUAUCAAACGAAUAAACAUUUAUUUUUUCUCUCCUAAUUUUGGAAUCAGCCAUUUCCUUUUAAACAGUAGAAAUGAAAACCAAGUUCAUAAACGGGGUAUCAUCCUCCCCUUCGAUGUCCUUGGGUUUGCUGGUGUCUGAAAACGAACUGCAUGUCCAGCCAGAUACCGAACCCGAAUGCAAAGAUGUAAUUCGGCCCGAGGAGCCAGACCAGCAGACCAAGCGCAAGGCGUAUUUGUGGUGCAAAGAAUUUCUUCACGGCGUGUGGAAAACGUUAAGUGAAGAGGAUUUCCAGAUCAGCAUCAUAAGGGGAGGACUUAGCAACAUGCUUUUCCUCUGUGCCUUGCCUGAAUCUCUGGAGAGCGUUGGUGACGAGCCUAGGAAUGUUCUCCUGCGGCUGUAUGGAGCUAUCUUGCAGAUGUCCUGUAAUAAAGGGGAGCCCAGACAGUCAAACAAAGAAAAUCAAUUUCAGGGCACUGAAGCCAUGGUGCUGGAGAGCGUGAUGUUUGCUAUCCUGGCGGAGCGAGAGCUGGGGCCCAAGCUCUAUGGCAUCUUCCCUCAGGGGAGACUGGAGCAGUUUGUCCCUAGCAGAAAACUGGACACUAAUGAGCUGAGCAUUCCAAGCCUGUCUGCUGAAAUCGCAGAGAAGAUGGCCAGGUUCCAUGGAAUGAGAAUGCCUUUCAACAAAGAGCCCAAAUGGCUGUUUGGCACCAUGGACAAGUACCUGAACCAGGUGCUGCGGAUCACCUUCACGAGGGAGUCCCAUAUCCGCAAGUUUUCUCGCCUCCUGAGCUUCAACCUGCCGCAGGAAAUGGAGAGGCUCAAGGCUUUGCUGGAAGUCACUGCAUCUCCUGUUGUUUUCUGCCACAAUGAUUGUCAAGAGGGUAAUGUUCUGCUCCUCAAUGGCCGAGAGGACUCGGACAGACAGAAGCUCAUGCUGAUUGACUUUGAGUACAGCAGCUACAACUACAGAGGUUUUGAUAUCGGGAAUCACUUUUGUGAAUGGAUGUAUGACUACACCUAUGAGAAGUUUCCAUUCUUCAAAGCCACUUCCAAGAACUACCCCACCAAAGCUCAGCAGUUACAUUUCAUCAGCAGCUACCUGUCAGAGUAUGACAGUGGAUUUGAAAAUGUGAGUGAUGAAGACCAGAUGAAACUCAAAGAAAAUAUGCUCGUGGAAGUCAACAGGUUUGCCCUGGCAUCUCACUUCUUCUGGGGUCUGUGGUCCAUUGUGCAGGCGAGAAUAUCUACCAUUGAGUUUGGGUACAUGGAAUAUGCAGUGGCAAGAUUCGAGGCAUACUUCGAGCAGAAGAAGAAGCUGGGGGUGUGAGCGGCUGACAAAUGACAGGGGAAGAGGCAACGUGGAGGAAACAGUGCUUUUUGUUGAGGGGUUUAGAUGGGCAGGAGAGGCAGGAUGGGGUUCCUCACCAUGCUAUAAAGGGUGCCCCCCCAGCUUUGGAAAAGGAAUUGCGUAAUGUACACAUGGACCAAAGUCAAACUGAAUGUCUCUGGUUGAGUGAUAACCUCUACCCUAUUUGCAGUGCUGCAGAGUGUUUACAAAGGCAACGGCUUCCGCUCCAGAUAAUCCCACGCAGCCGGGGCAUAUGGGCUCAGUAUUCGCCCUUACUGUUUUUUGGGUUAUCGCUUUCGAUUUAAAAAAAUUAAAGGUCACAAAAAAGAAGAAAGGGGUGUUGGGGUUCACUGUUUUAAAUGGUCUCACACGGGAUGUAGAGAGCAUCCCAUUUUCUUGGGUGUGGAACGAUUUCAGUGGACAGUGAAUGAACUCUAAUGGACCUUUCACUGAAACCCUCCACAAUGUUUCUGCAUACUGUAACAGAAAUGCACCAUGUGCAUUGGUGCUGUCUGUACUGACAUACCCUGUGUUAUAACUACACAACAUGAAGAACCACUGUGUUGCAAAAACUUGACACAUGAAAGCUUAGGCCAACGGGCUAACUUUUGGGAAAGGUCAGAUACAACUGUGAUAGGACGACUUUACAUCUGUCUAUUUUGAAGGGGGGUGUUAAUUUAAUCCUACAUCACCCCCUCUCCUAAUACUGAAACGGCUAAGGUCAUCUGAAAUUCAAUGCUAUCAGACACUGAAUUUGUCAGUGAUGAUGAAAGUUUUGAACAGAUGAAUGAAUGAAUGAAUGAUCUCUCUAUGUGGUCAGCCUGUUGAGACUGUCUUAAUGCAGUGCAUAUAAGAGGUCUUUCCAUGUGCAAAAGUUAACCUGUAAGAAAAAUGUGACCUGCGACCAUUGGAAAUUCUUUUGUGUUUUAUUACACUACGUGAUUACACUCAUUCAAGUUGUGAACUACUGCUGUCACAUGAAGGGCCAGUGAUUGGUCCACAUACUGUGAGGUUUUGUGUUUGGUUGGGGCAUGCAGAAAGCUGCAAGGGAAAAGGGCUGACUUCAGCUAAAACUUUGUCCCAUCAACUCCUUUCAGAGUCAGAUUAAAACAGGGAUCUUUGAAGGUACUACAAAUAGCAGUAGUAUGAAAAAAGAAAUCCCUCCUUAUGACAAGUUAAUUAUCUUGAUAUGGGGGUUGAGACAGAGUUUUCAAUGUAGUUUCAGCCUAUGUUGUUGUAAUGAAUUGAUGCACAGAUGGAAUGAAUGUUUAUCCUGGCAAUGGGACCAUUUUUAUCCUGCGAAAUGUGAGAGGGGUGAGGAGAACACUAUAUAAAGUAACCAUUUUCCUUUUUUCUUUUGUUAAAACACACCCUGGACUGUACUCUAGCUAGUUUUAUUUUUUACCAUCUGUGAUUAUAUUUUUGAUUAUUUGUGUUUUGUGGAUGAAAAACUACAUGUAUUAAUCUUAUGAUGUUUAUGUUGUAAUAUGAGCCUUUUACUCUGAAAUGUCACUGUUGCUAACAUGUAAUGUCAAUGGCAUUCUCCAGCAGAGUUACAUUUUUAGUUUUAGUUUUGUGGCAUAAUAAACUAUUCUUUUCCUGCAAUGGAAAUGGGGAAAUGCAUAUUUUUCUUAAUAAGAAAGGUUUCUCUUUUCUUGGUAAAUUAUGUGGUAUAAAGUACUAGGAAUGGUUUUCUCUGAAGUUUCUCUCUACCCUCUGUAUCACAGUUGGGGUCAGUUCCAGUUCUACAUGCAUUAACUGCAUCUGACAGUCAACUGCUUCAUCUCUAAUUUCAUUCUUUAUUUGGAGUUGCUUACCUUAUUUCCCUCCAGACAUAUAAAAUACAAAUGAAACAUUAGAAUGAACUCACUGUUUCAUCAGUCAAUCAUUUGUUGACCCGAACAGUAAUCCUUGAACAAUGAACAAUGAUCCUUUGAAAAUGCAACAGGAUAUAAUCAAAUGGAAUUUAAAAACUCUAAUUCAGUAUUCCUUUCAAACAAAUUCCAACCCAUUUUGACAUGUCUGAUGAAUUGACCCCAGCUGUUCUUUUUUGUGACCCCAGCAAUGUAUUCACACAUAACUGUAAAACUGUAUUACCAGAUGUGAACACAAUUAAGCCCUUCCCUUGUAGAGUGAAAAUGCCAGGAGGUAGGCCUGGCAAAUCUACCACUGUAAUGUAAGCAGCUCAUUUACUGUAUGAAUUAAAGCUUUGUGCAAGUUCUGCAAUAAAAAUAUGCAAAUAAA